AUGGAGAGUCACAACAUGCUUAGCUGGAAUGUAAGAGGUAUUAAUAAAAGGGAGAAACAGGUUUCUCUGAGUAAGUUUUUUUUUGUGAAUAAAAUUGGUCAUGGAGCCCUGUUGGAGACCAAACUUCAUGGUGAUAAAGUUGGGAAAAUGAUGAGUUCUUUUUUCAUAGGGUGGAAUUACUACUCGAGUUCUGCUUCAGAAGGUCGUUUACUGAUUUUAUGGCAGCCUCAGGUGGUGACUGUUGAGAUUUUGAAGGAAAGUGACCAGUUUGUUCAUAUCUGUGUUAAAGAGGUUAAGUCUAAUAAGUUGUUCUGUGUUACGUUUGUGUAUGGUAGAAAUUCUACUGAGGGUAGACUUCCUCUUUGGGUUGAUCUUGCUGGGUUGAGUUUCCCUGCCAAUCCAUGGAUAGUGGCUGGGGACUUUAAUGCUGUUUUUGAGGGUACUGAUAGAUGGACUGACCACAUUAGUUUUGAAGAUACUGUCUUGAAGAGCUGGAACAAACCUAUUAAAGGAGCUGGGCUGGUGCGUAUUGUUAGAAAACUGAGUAGACUUAAGGUAGUUUUGCGUAAGUUCAAUAAGCAUUUUGUGGGAGAUGUUGCUCAGAAUUAUAGUUUGGCUAAGGAUAAGUAUCAAUCUGCCCAAGCUUCUCUUCAAAAGAACCCCCACUCGAAAGAGUUGCAAAGAGAGGAAUUGUUGGCUGGUGAAAGUUUUACUUUUCAUUCUAGAGCUUAUGACAGUUUCUUGAGACAAAAAAGCAAAGUUGAUUGGCUGCGUUAUGGGGAUGAUAACACGGCUUACUUUCAUGCGUGUUUGAAACAAAGAAGAGCUAAUAAUUGUAUAACCUCAGUUGUUACUGAAUCGGGUCAGUUAAUUGAGAAGUUUGAUGAUGUUGUGGGUCACUUUGUUACUCAUUUUCAGAAAAUCAUGGGUAGCAACAGUAGUGCUUCGGUUCCUAUUUAG